AUGGCUUCGCGAGAAAACCAACCUCUUAAUAAUUUUUCCGAAGGCAUAUCUAUAAAUAAUUCUUAUUUCAACAAUAAAAUCUUACUUGAAAAAGAGGAAAUAAUUAAAUUUAUUGAUGACGCUCAAUUAAACAAUCCUCUUUAUUUAGAGAGUUUAAAAUCCCUAAGAAUGUUGGAGAAUGGGGGAUUUGGUCAUGAGGAUAUGAGCAAUCU